AUGGCACCUCUCUAUCAUGAAGUAGCCAUCCUUGUGGAGUUCUUACUAUUACUGCUUCUUAUGGUAGCAGCAGCAGCAGCACCACCACCACCACCACCAACACCAACAGCACGAUCGCCGCCGCAGCCAACUUCUCAAACAAAGCCGGGUUGUCCAAACCUUUGCGGUAACUUCAGCAUUCCAUACCCAUUUGGCCUGCAUCAUGGAUGUUACCUUGAUGAUAGUUUCCAUAUAACCUGUUCGGAAUCCAAUGAACCAGUUUUACCCAGAAGCAAUGCAACGGUUCUAAACAUAUCUAUUAUUCAUGGCCAGCUGACAGUUUCAUCCUUAAUAACCCAUUCAUGUUUUGACAAACAAGGCCACCAUAAUGAAACCCAAAAACAAUCAUUUGAUUUCUCUCCUUUCACAGUCUCAGAUAGCGGAAACCAUUUUACUUUGGUGGGUUGUGAAACUUCUGCAGUACUUAUUGAGACAGCAGACAAUGAUCAUCGGAACAUCUCUUGCUCGUCUCACUGUGAUGAAAUCGAUGACGUAGAUGAUGAGGAUUGCUCUGGGAAGGGUUGCUGCCAAAGAGCCAUGCCUAAAGGCGUCAAGGCUUUUGAGAUUGUGACAACCUUUAGUGACGCACAUGGAAAUCAUUAUUAUAAUUACAGUCCAUGCAGCUUUGCUUUUGUUGCUUGGGAUAAAUAUACUUUCCUCCAAUCAGAUCUACAGGAUUUGCAGAAGAGAACAAAUUAUCCAAUGGUUCUUGAUUGGGCUAUUGGGGAUACCACAUGUGAGGAAGCUAAAAAAAAUGGGGAAACUUAUGCAUGUAAAAGUGAGAACAGUGAGUGCUAUAAUUCUACUAAUGGAGGUGGAUAUCGUUGCAGGUGUUAUGGGGGUUACCAGGGGAACCCAUAUCUAUCAGAUGGUUGCCAAGAUAUUAACGAAUGUGAAGAUCCUAGACUCCACCAAUGCGUAGAAAAGAGUGUUUGUAAGAACACAAAAGGAAAUUACACAUGUUCAUGUCCGAAGGGUCUCCAUGGCGAUGGCAGAAAAGAUGGAAUGGGUUGCUUAUCUCAUAAGCAAUUACCACUUAAGAUCAUUUACGGAGUCAGCAUAAGCUUUCUGAUUCUACUUUUGGUAGUUUCUUGGGUAUAUUUUGGAUUAAGAAGAAGGAGACUCAUUAGACUCAGAGAAAAAUACUUCAAAGAAAAUGGUGGUUAUCUAUUUCAGCAAAAACUUUCUCAAUGUGAAGGUAGCUCUAUGAGAGUAGCUAAAAUAUUUACUGAAAAAGAGUUGAAAAGGGCAACAGAUAACUACCAUGAAAGUCGAAUCCUGGGGAUAGGAGGACAAGGGACUGUGUACAAAGGAAUAUUAACAGAUAAUCAAAUAGUUGCUGUUAAGAAGGCAAAGUUAGGAGGUGAGACCCAAGUUGAAGGAUUCAUCAAUGAAGUGAUUAUCCUUUCUCAGAUUAACCACAGAAAUGUGGUAAAACUCUUGGGAUGUUGCUUAGAAACUCAAGUUCCAUUGCUGGUAUAUGAAUUUGUAACCAAUGGUUCCCUCUUUGAUCUUAUGCACAAUGAAGAGAAGUACCCAUCAACCUUGAUUACAUGGGAAACUCGUCUGAAGAUAGCAACAGAAGUUGCAGAAGCUCUUUCUUACAUGCACUCUGCUGCUUCUACUCCCAUAAUUCAUCGUGAUAUCAAGUCUGCUAAUAUACUUUUAGAUAAUAAUUACACUGCCAAAGUAUCUGAUUUUGGAGCUUCAAAGUUGAUGCCUUUAGACGAAACAGAGCUCACUACACUUGUGCAAGGGACUCUGGGAUACUUGGAUCCUGAGUACUUCCAGACAAGCCUGUUGACAGAGAAGAGUGAUGUUUAUAGCUUCGGUGUUGUUCUUGUGGAAUUGUUGACCAGAAAGAAGGCAGUUUGUUUCAGGAAAAGAGAAGAAGAGAGGAAUUUGGCUAUGCAUUUUGUUACUUCGAUUCAAGAACAUAGAUUGCUUGAAGUUCUUGAUCAACAGUUGCUGAGUGAGAAAAAUAUUGAGGAGCUGAAGGCAGUGACAAUGUUGGCAAGGAACUGUGUGAGUGUCAAGGGAGAGGAAAGGCCCACAAUGAAAGAAGUAGCAUUUAAAAUGAAAGGCUUGUCUCUGUGUCGAAAGAGUUCUUUAGUUUUUUUAAGAAGAGCAUAUGCUUUUGUCCCUUCCAGUUCCUUUUGCACAGAUAACAAUAGCAGCAAUGAUGGGUUGCAAAAUUCUAGGGUUAAGAUCUUCGAUCGCCAUCUCAAACGCAAACAGCGAGACCGAGCUGCAUGGUUGAUGCGCCCUAAUGAUUCUUUUGUGGAUGCCGUUGCUGAUAAUCUACUGGAUCGAUUAGAGGACUGUAAGAGAACUUUUCCUACAGCAUUAUUUAUGGGGGGUUCUUUGGAAGCUGUCAAACGGUUGUUAUGUGGCCGUGGCUCCAUUGAAAAGCUCAUUAUGAUGGACAUGUCCUAUGACAUGAUUAAAUUGUGUGAAGAUGCAAAGGAAGAUGCAAAUAAAAAUAUUGAAACAUCCUUUAUUGUCGGUGAUGAAGAGUUUCUGCCCAUAAAAGAAAGUUGCUUGGGACUUCACUGGACAAAUGACCUUCCUGGAGCCAUGAUACAGUGCAGAUUGGCGCUGAAACCAGAUGGUCUAUUUUUAGGAGCUAUUCUUGGUGGAGAAACCUUGAAGGAGCUGAGAAUAGCAUGCACUGUAGCUCAAAUGGAGCGUGAAGGAGGCAUCAGUCCUCGAGUAUCACCUUUGGCGCAAGUCCGUGAUGCAGGCAAUCUUUUAACCAGGGCAGGCUUGGCCCUUCCUGGUGUUGAUGUUGAUGAAUAUGUAGUUAGGUAUAGAAGUGCUCUGGAGCUGAUAGAGCAUCUGCGUGCAAUGGGUGAAACUAAUGCUCUUUUGCAAAGGAACACUAUCCUAAAGCGAGAAACAGCCCUAGCAACUGCUGCAAUCUAUGAUUCAAUGUUUGCAGCAGAAGAUGGCACCAUCCCUGCAACAUUCCAGGUCAUUUACAUGACAGGUUGGAGGGAACAUCCUUCACAGCAGAAGGCCAAAAGAAGGGGAUCUGCUACCAUAUCUUUCAAGGACAUCCAGGAGCAGUUUGGCAGUGGUAGCUAACACCACCAUCACUUCCUUCAGUAGCAUUCACUAUGAAUUUGGAUGCCACUUUCUUCUCUCAAUAUCAUUUUCUCAUUCACUUAGUUACAUUCAUUUGUUUGAAAUAAUUUAUCUUUAGAUGUUUUGCCAUUAGUGAAUGAGAAAUAGAGAGGGGUUGGAUUCGGAAAAGAAAAGGCUUUGUAGGACUGUAAUUGAUUCAUAUGCUGCAAUUUUAUUAAUAAUGGUAAAUUCUUGUAGCAAGAGCAAAGAAUAGGUCUCGUGUA